AUGCUGCGGCUCUGCCUGCUCGCCGCUCACGUUCUACGGCUCGCCGGGGCGGCUUUGCUGUCGCCCGGGUCGUGCACCUUCGAGGACAGCGCCUGCGGCUACCAGUGGGACUACGCGCAUCUGCCCUGGACGCUGCACGGGGAAGGACAUUACAUUUCUGUGGAUACCUCUUAUGAGGGUGAGAAAGCAGUGCUGACCAGCCCUGAUCUGUACUCUGAGGAAUGGAGCUGUGUCAGACUGAUCUAUCAGAUAGCAACAACUUCAGACACCUCACCUGAUCCUGCCAGGCUCAACCUGUACCUGAGGCAGGAAGGACAGAGUUUUGAUCGUUUGCUGUGGUCAGCCAAGGAGCCAUCAGACAGCUGGCUCAUAGCUAGCUUAGAUUUAACUAACAGCACAAAGAAGUAUAAGCUUGUACUGGAAGGUGAAAUAGGACAAGAUAAAUCCACCAGUAUAGCAGUUUUUGAAAUCAAAAUAACUCCUGGAUAUUGUAUUGAAUGUGACUUUGAAGAAAAUCAUCUUUGUGGCUAUAUGAACCGCUGGAAUCCUAACGUCAACUGGUUUGUUGGUGGAGGGAACAUUCGGAAUUCUCAGUCUAUCCUCCCCAAAGACCACACACUUAACAGUGCACUGGGUCACUACAUGUACGUGGACUCUGUUUACGUCAAACAUUUUCAGGAAGUGGCCCAGCUAAUCUCACCAAAGACCACGUCCCCAAUAUCUGGCUGCUUAUCUUUUUAUUAUCAACUUAAGCAGGAAAGCAACAUUGUUUUUACUGUUUACCUAAGAGACACGAGUGGCUUUUAUGAAGAGAUCUGGAAAACAGACAGUACACUUAAUGCAGAGUGGGCACUGGCAGAAGUCGACUUCAAUGCGCCAUAUCCCAUGGAGGUAAUAUUUGAAGUUGCUUUCAAUAGCGCCAAGGGAGGUUAUGUUGCCCUUGAUGACAUUUCGUUCUCUCCGGUUUACUGCAGCAAUCAGACAGGAACUCCUUUCAAUCCUGCCAAUGCAGGCUGCAAUUUUGAGGAAGAUCUGUGUAAUUUUUACCAAGAUCACAAAGAUGGCCCAGGAUGGAGCAGAGUAAAAGUGAAGCGCAAUGUGUAUAGAGCAGGAGAUCAUACUACUGGAUUUGGUUAUUACUUGUUGGCAAACACAAAGUUUACAUCACAGCCUGGGUACAUUGGACGUCUGUAUGGCCCGACCCUGCCAGGAAACUUGCAGUUCUGUCUCCGUUUUUAUUAUGCCUUAUAUGGGUUUUUCAAGAUGAGUGGCACUCUUGCAGUUUAUAUCUUUGAGGAGAAUCAUGUCGUUCAAGAGAAAAUCUGGUCUGUCUUGGACUCUCCAAAGGGAGUUUGGACUCAAGCUGAAAUCUCCUUCAAAAAGCCCAUGCCUUGCAAGGUUGUCUUUGUCAGCUGGUGUAAAAGCUUCUGGGACUGUGGACUUGUGGCGCUGGAUGAUGUUUCAUUGAGCUUGGGAACCUGCCAGGCUGCUGAGUUGUUGCUGCCCAGUCCUGGAGAAUGCACUUUUGAAAAAGAUGAGUGUGUGUUUACCCAGAAGAAAAGAGGUCGUGGGAGCUGGCACAGGAAGAGGGGUCCAACUCCCACUUCUUACACUGGACCAAGAGGAGACCACACUACUGGGGUAGGAUACUACAUGUAUAUAGAGGCAUCUAACAUGGUUUAUGGACAGAGAGCAUACCUAGUUUCACGACUACUAAGACGAACACCUGGAAAACAGUGCCUGACAUUUUUCUAUCAUAUGUAUGGAGCUGGGACUGGAUUAUUAAGUGUUUAUCUAAAAAAGGAAGGGGAUGAUGAAGAGAUACCUUUGUGGAGGAGGACAGGGGAACAAAGCAUCUCAUGGCUAAGGGGACUGAUAGAAUAUGAAAGUGAUACAAACUACCAGAUUAUUUUUGAGGCAAUCCGUGGUGUGUCAAUAAGAAGUGACACUGCUAUUGAUGAUAUUCUGUUCCAGGCAGGACCUUGUUUGGAAGUGGAAGAAAUUCAAUUCUCAUCAGGCUACCCUGACAGCUUAAAUGAAAUUGAGUAUUGA